AUGUUAUCAAUGUGCAAAUGGCCAGUAGGUCCAUGUUUAUGCUCUGUAAAAUAUUUCGGUUAUUUACAAGCGCAUAAUUUUUGUUCAUAUAUCCUGGGCUCUGCUUCGGUAGCAAACGUUCAUACCAAUGCGCGUUCUCGGAAAACACCAAAGACAGCAGUAUUGAUGCUUCAUCAUGGACAGCCUAGAACUCCAUUUUACGCCACAAAACAUUUAGCUCAAGCCUCUCAUCACUAUUACAAAUUACCUCUCAGGCUUACUUCAUCUGUAACACGGCUAUACUGGCCAUGGGCAAAGAAGAUUGGCUUGUGUGUAGAAGACUACAAAUACAGUGAGAAUAUCUCAAGUGUUAUUGGGUCGUAUACUCAAGUAUUACAAGAGUGUUUAAAUAAUUUAAUUCCGGAGCAUCAACCAUUUUUCUGUACUCACGCAUUUCUGUAUGAAGAACCUAAUAUUCCGUCAGUUAUAGCUGAUUUAAUACGGCAAGGUAUGGAGCGAUUAAUUCUGUUGCCACUGUACGCACACUAUUCUUGUUUUCAGUCAGGAACAAUGCUGAAUGUUGCUGUAAAAGCCCUUGAUGAGCUAACGAUACCAUUGAAAAAAGAUGGAUUGAGCGUGAUUGAUCAUAGACUGAGAAUUCUAUCUCACGUAUCUUUUCGCUGUAGUACUAUUGACCGUUGGAGCAAUCAUCCGGUUGCAGUUAAUUUUUGGUACAGUAUGCUACAGAAUCAGUUGAAAGACCACGACAGUUUGCUUUUUGUCGCACCACAUAUGCGUGGUUAUAACUCUAAGGAUUAUACAAGGGAAGUAUGGGCUACGUGCCAACGCCUGAUUGAGUUUAUUAAUGAAGCUCUCCCAUGGAAAAUUGCAUGGUUCAGCCCUUGGAAUUGCUGGCCGACAUUGACUAUGGAAAGUAUUGAGCUUCAGCUAUAUUUUCUGAGGAGAGACAGACGACACCGUACUCUAGUUUUACCAAUAUCGUCUUUUAUUCCUUCUUUCGAAACCGAAAGUUUAUUGCCCAAUAUUCUACAAGACCAAGGAGUGGAUUUAGUAUCACCACCCAGGUUUUCUGCAAUAUUAACACAUGGUUUUGCGGAAUUAAUCAAAAAUCACUUGAUGGGUCGCAAAGAAUCUUCUAGAUUAUCAUGUCGCUGUAAAUUGUGCUUCAGCACUGUUUGCUUGCUUCGAGAAGCAAUGCUAGCACCCCAAAGAGAAUUUAGCAGUGAAAUUUAUUUAGGGAAUACGAAUCUGAAUGACAAAGCAGUCGAAAUGCAAAGAAACGAGCGGACUUUACUGAACAGUUAG